CUUGGAACAAGCUCCAAGCCCCCAGCCUCCCAGCCCUUUUCCAUACUGGGUGUGUUCUUGCUUCUGGCUCUGUUUACUGCCACCUCUCUAAGAAUUUCCCUCCAUCUCUUAAAGGUAGGGAUCUCAAAAUACUCACAGCUAUUAAUAGCCCAGCCAGCCCCAGACAGUCCACUGAGAGCUGGCAUGGGUGCUUUAAAGUAAAAAGGAGCUUUAGGCUUUCAGAGGAGAACAGUGUCCCUACCUAGGACAGGGAACUCCAUGUAACCAUGGUUGAUUAGCCCCUCACAGAGCGUUCUUGUCAAGCUGAUCCGUUGUCCCUGGGGUCACCCAGGGUGUCUACAGGCACGAGGAGUUCCUUUGACAGCUGUGGCUCGUAUGCUGCCAGGACUAGAAACUUAAACCAGAAAGCCCCUGCCCGGAUGGCAGCAGUAGUUCUAGGGGGAGACACCAUGGGCCCUGAGCGUAUCUUCCCCAAUCAGACUGAGGACUUAGGGCCACAUCAGGGUCCUACAGAAGGAACUGGGGAUUGGAGCAGUGAAGAACCCGAGGAAGAGCAGGAGGAAACAGGAGCAGGCCCAGCAGGCUACUCGUACCAGCCCCUCAAUCAAGACCCUGAACAAGAAGAGGUGGAAUUGGCACCAGUGGGUGAAGGAGAAGAUGGAGCUGCUGACAUCCAAGAUCGGAUCCAGGCCCUGGGGCUUCAUCUGCCAGACCCUCCAUUGGAGAGUGAGGAUGAAGAUGAGGAGGGAGCCGCCGCAUUGAGCAGCCACAGCUCUAUCCCCAUGGACCCAGAACAUGUAGAGCUGGUGAAAAGGACGAUGGCUGGAGUAAGCCUGCCUGCACCAGGGGUUCCUGCCUGGGCUCGGGAGAUCUCGGACGCUCAGUGGGAAGAUGUGGUACAGAAAGCCCUCCAAGCCCGGCAGGCAUCCCCUGCCUGGAAGUGACCAGAGAGCGAGCUGCCUUACCUCCCUACAUUCCAAGUCAGGACCAGCACAGGACUAACAACUCUGGUCUUAACAGCCUCCUCCUUCCCAUGUCCCUUUCACACCAAGGCGACUCAGACCUCUCAGAGACCCACUUUAUUCAGUUCUGUACAUAUGGGGACAUCGGCCCAAGCCCAGCCCACCUUAGCAUGUAUCACUCUGUGGAGAAUAAAGCACCCUGUGUACACAGCCAGAAGCCA